CCAAGUCAGAGAAACUGGUCGAAACGAUCGAAAUGAUCUGGAAGUUACUUGUGCGCCACAAUCUACUGAUUCGGUAGUACCGAAUGAUAUCGACUUUUUCUCGGCUGAUAACGUACUAUCGAUUUUCCGUGGCACGAGAAUUGUGAGGUAGAACGCGCCACCGUCGGUCCAGGGCUCGUUUCUGGGAUCACUAGGUUGAGGCGGUAAGGCAUCUGCCUAUGUGAGAGCGCUCGCAUACUUGAUCCACCGCUCUUCCACCAUAAGACAAUACCUUUUACCAUCUCUCCAGACUAUCGCGCGACGAAAAGUCUACGGUACAUUCCCAGCCUUAGUCGACAUGGUGAAAGCCAAGAUGAAAACUUGUAUACAGGGUGUCCCAAAAAUGUUGUAACACCUUGAAAGAGGUGGUUCGUGAGGUGAUUUGAAACAACUUUUUCCUUUGCGAAAAUAUUGUCCGAGGCUUCGUUAAAGAGAUAUUAAGAGAAAACCCCGACCAAUCACAGCGCGCGUAUACCGUUGGAGCGGCCGUUGUAGCGAAGGCUACGCGCUAGGCGGCCGCGUCUAAUGUCCUUCGAUCAUUGAGCUCUAUCCUAACUGGAGUGUGAACAACUGUACGAAGAAGUAGAGGCGACGAAGUGUCCGAGAGAAAUGCAAAAUGGGCGGUUUCGGUAUUAUCCUAUAGCAAAUUUAUUUGUAGAGGGGGAACAAACGUACGCUGUAACAUAACCUACCCAAACAUCGCUGAGCAUUGUCGAGUGAGUUACUUUCAGAUUCUUUUCCGCAUAAAAUUGGAUAAAUACAAUAUAAAUUGAAUUGUAACAAAUAAUAAAAUUUAGCUCUAUACCAAAUUGUAUAUAUUUGUAUGAUCUAAAUUAUGGUAUGUAAAUUAUGUAUACUAUUUCAUUAUUAUGUCAUUAUUGUUAAUGUUUCUAUCGUUUUAUAUAUAAAUAAAAAGGAAAUAAAGUUCAAAUCUGUACAUAAUUAAUCUGUAAAUAAUUCCUAGAGUGCCGCGAAAUUCAAACAAAGAGGAGUCUGUUCUCCCUCCACACAUAAAUUUGCUAUAGGAUAGUACCACCGGAACCACUCAUCUUGUAUCUCUCUCGGACCGGCUUCUCUCUCGCAGUUCACACUCCAGUUAAGAUAGAGCUCAAUGCCUACGAGACGCGUCGAGUUACUUGUCGCGUACGAGCGCGGCCGCUUAGCACAUAGCCUUCGCUACCGCGGCCGCUCUAACGGUAUACGCGCGCUCUGAUUGGUCGGGGUUUUCUCUUAAUAUCUCGGACAACAUUUUCGCUAAGGAAAAAGUUGUUUCAAAACUCCCGAACCACCCAUUUCAAGGUGUUACAACAUUUUUGGGACACCCUCAUCAAAUGCACCAUGAUUCAACGAGACAGUUCAAAAGCGUCCCAUAAAAAUGACCGAUACAGAAUGCACCGACACCGAUAUUGACAAAUUUGAAAAAUUUUUGAAGAAAUACAAAGCGUUUAAUUUAAAGAUUUAUCUAUUAUUAUGGAUAUACUGCGGAUCUUCAUGCAUUUAUAGGAAAUUUGAAUGUGCAAGAACCUACAAAAUGAAAACAACAUGCAAAGAUAUAAAAAAUAUUGAAAGUAAAGUUCAUGUUAUAAUAUUUGCAGAAUAAAAUAAAUUCCUAUUUAGGUUCAAUUUUUGUAGGCACUUUCGCGAAGAUUUUAUUUUGCAUAAAGAUCCGCAGUCUAAUUAUAAGUAUUAGUAUCCAUGCAGUUAAUAUUGGUUUUGAUAAGAUUUGCAUCGAUAAAGUGUACGUCGAUAAAGUGCACGUCGAUAAAAUCUGCGUCGAUAAAGUCUAUGUCAGUCAUUUUCAUGGGACCCCAGCUAGAUCUUGUUCAAAUGAGGCGAUUUACGCGUGACUCGAGACAGGUAGAGCAUUUACUUAAUAUUCAGAAUAGUGUUGGACGAAGCUGUCACGUGACCAAGUAUUACCCCUUCUCACUGCAACUAUCGCGCGACUGCUGGACGCAGCGAUUGUUGUGUCUCUAGUAUAUCGACUCGCACGCUGGCAGUCGAGUCGUGUAUAAGUCGUGAGAUUUGAGGUUCUGGCUACAACACGCAACUGUCGCACGACUGCAAUUAUGGGCCUCUAGUACCUCAAAGUAGCGCGCGUAAAUCGCCUACUGGUGGUAUGCGACUACUCUCUGACAAAAAAAUCGAGCAAUUACUUAUAAGUCGUAUCGAAACAGUGGAAUCGUGUAGUUCUUUUUGUUGUGACUAUAAUGGCGUCUUUAAUGACGAUAAGUAAUGUGGAUACAUUUAUCGAGUUAAUAAAACAGCGACCUUUACUAUAUAUGAAGGAUUCAAAAGAGUAUACAGAUAUAAAUCUAAAAAAGAAAUUAUGGGAGGAGGUGUGUACUGAAAUAGUUCCUAACUGGACAGAACUUAGCGCAGAGAAUAAAAUGAAAUAUGGACUAGAAGUGCAGAAAAAGUGGAUGAACCUGAGGUCUUGUUUUACCAGAGAAUUAAAAUUGCAGAAGACAGAUAAAUCAGGGAGAAUCUCAAAUAGACGACGGAAAUACAUGUACUAUGACCAACUACUCUUUCUUUUGCCAUCCAUAAAACACAGAACUAUCGAACACAACGUGGAUUCUCAAAUUAUUCUGGAUGAAGAAUUUGAAAGUCAAGAUUCUGGGAGCCAAGAGUCCAAUGUUUGUUCGAAACCUUCUACGUCGCAGUACAAGAAUGGCUCCAUUAAUCUAAAGAAGAAGAAGAGCACAAAUUUCGAGGAAGCACUACUUAAUAUUUUACAGAAAGAAGUGGACGAGGAUACUAAUUUUGUCCUUUCCCUUGUUCCAACAUUGCGAUCAUUAACAGAAGAUGAAAAAUUUCAAGCAAAAAUACAAAUCCUUGAUGUAUUCAGGCAAAUAAAACGGAAUAGAGCCACGAAGCAAUUUUCACCUAAUUCCAACAAUAUUUCGCACAACUUCUCACAAGAACAGAAUAUUCCGACACCAUUACUCCACAUAAGUCUUCCAUACACUUCUCAAGUAGUAAUUCCUGAAAAUGCACAAAAUAAUCAAUCUUCCCCACCAAUUGCGAGUAAACAUCAUUUAAAUGGAACUUGUUCAGAUAUCUCCGAAAAUACUGAACAACCUUGCUUCAUUGAUUUUCCGGACAAAUCUCCGAAAACUGAAACACCAUCUCCGUGAUAUACAAUAUUUUGACCACAACAAAACACAGAUGGAAAUGAUUUUUAACAUAGCAUUCCAUCUGUUUCACUUAAGAUGUUUGUUUUCUAUAUAAUUUGUAUAUACACGAAUAUCGUAUAUUCGUGGUAAAGUUUUUACAAAGCGAUGACAAAAUAAAUGAGGCCGAUAUGAAAUAGAAAUCGACACUCUCCAAUCCUAUGUUACGCUGCAACUAAGUUAAAGGGGUAUUCUUAUUUUUUUACCAGUUUCGAUUUUUGAUUUUUUUACUACAAAAAUGUUUGAUAAUAUAUUUUAUUUAAAGCAUAGCAACAGCAUAGAGUAUAUAGAAUAUAUUCUGUCUCACUAUAUUGAUUACUCACUAUAUUGUAUAUUUUUUAAUUCUAAAAGGUAUUGUGCUCGUAAAUAACGGUAAUUUUAACAUAAAAGCAAACGUACACAUAUGUAUCAAUAUCCUUCAACAGGUUAAUAUAAUCUAAUGAAAAUAGUU